AUGGGUGCAUAUUGCUGUGCAGCACCUGAGAGCACAGUCAGUGACUUUUCGAUUGCAAAAGAAAUAUCAAACAAUAGCGUCGUGAUUUUCAGUAAAACAGGAUGCUCAACUUCUCUAGGUGCCAAAAUGAAAUUAUAUUCUGAAGGUGUAAAUUUUAAGGUAAUAGAAGUUAAUAAGAGGACAAGUAAAUUAAAAGAAGAGCUGAAAAAUUAUACAAAUAAAGAAGACUUCCCUUAUGUCUUUUUAGAAGGGCAUUAUAUCGGUGGAAUACAUGAACUUGAAGAAAAAAUAAAUUUAGGGACUUUGAAAAAAUUUAUUCCAAUUAAAAUAUAUAGUUUUCUGAAUUACUAAUAGACUAACAUAAUAAAUAUUUUUUUAUAAGUUUUGGCAAUGUUCUUGCAAGGAUAGACAUCAUUAGGAAAGGAAUAAAUCUGAUAAUUAA